AUGAUAAAUGGGGACUACGACCAAGAUGAUGAAUCAAUACCAAUCUUGAACAAUAAUAAUAAUAACAAUACUUAUAGUUAUACAGAUGGAAACACUUACACUGUAGACUCAAACACAUCAAGUAGCAAUGCAAGCUUCUACAACUCAUCAUUGCCUGGUCCAUGGCCUGGUCAUUCAAUCAACAUGGCACCACAACCUAAUCCACUAAUACUACAUGAUCAAGACAAGCAAGAUAAACAUGGCAAGCAACAACAACAAGACAAUCAACAGACAUUCACAACUUAUAAACGAAGAUGGUGGGUAUUGUCCAUCUUCACAUUGUUGUCACUCAAUCAAUGUAACUUCUGGAUCACAUUCCCUACGAUUGCAAAGCUGGCCUCACAAUACUAUAACGUUCCCAUCAAGGACAUUGACUAUUUGACGGCGAUCGCUGCCAUCAUCUUUGCGCCAUUCUUGCUGAUCUUUAUGUGGUCGAUCAAUCAAGUUGGCAUUCGUCGCAAUCUUCUCAUUGCCUCAUUCCUCGUGACGAUGUGUGGCGUGAUCCGCUCGAUACCCGGCCAGGGCGAGAACCUGUUCAGUCUGAUCAUCGUGGCGCAGGCGCUCAACGCAGCGGGCGGCCCAUGCAUUAUGAUCGUGCCGACCAAGCUGUCCAACGUCUGGUUCAGCCCCAGCGAGCGCACGUUCUCCACUGCCAUCGGCACGCUGGCCAACUUUAGUGGCAGCGCCAUCGGCUUCCUCCUCUCACUAUACGCGACCACUGGCGAGAGGAUGCGAUACUUGUUGCUGGCCGAGGCUGUCUCGGGCCUGCUGAUAUUCAUCGCCAUAUGUAUCUACUUCCCCGAGCAGCCGCCCACCCCGCCCAGCGCCUCUGCGAUGCUGGCGGCCAACGAGCCAAAGCCACAGACUACACUGUUGCAGAGCUGGAAGGAGCUGUGGAACAUGUCGCUCAAGGUGCUUCGCGAGCCAUCGGCCACUCUAAUGAUUGCGUCCGUGGCCAUCACGUCGGGCACCUAUGGAUCGUGGUCCACCGUGCUCACACAGAUUGUCGCGCCAGUGUUUGACGCUUCCGAUGCCAAAUGGCUUGGCUUCUGGGGUAUCCUUGCCGGACUCUUUGGAGGCAUAAUCUGUGGCAUCAUUCACGACAAAGUGCACAACUACAAGAUACUCAUCAUCACAAUCCUCACACUCAAUACCAUAACAUUUGUAAUAUUCUCUUUGAUAUGCUCAGGUGUACUACCUGGGUGGUACUGGCUGGGCCAGUUGGUGAACAUUAUUGGUGGCUGUCUGAUCAAUGGCUACUAUCCGAUAAUAUAUGAAGCAGUGGUGGAGGUGUCCUACCCGGUGCCCGAGUCGAUUGGCACCGCCAUCAUUUCAUUCCUGAUCAACAUCUUCACAUUGGUAUCCAUCCUACUAGGCUCUGCCAUCCCGCCACUCUACAUGAAUUGGAUACUCGUCGGCUGUUCGGCCACCUCCACACUACUUAUAUUCUUUGCCAAAGAAGAGUACAAACGAUCCAAAGAUGAUCAACUCAAGAUCAAG